AUGGAAUCAAAUAAAUACGAAAAAUCAAUUAAAGCUGAAAACUUUUAUCUUUGUCAGGAAACAGGAGAAAUCUGCGAAAGACAACAAAGAAAUGGUGAAUUAACAUAUUCAUCAUAUAUAAACCAAGAUUCUGUUAACGAAGAUGCAAAAAUUAUUAAAGAUUUUAAUAGAAAUGUUGAUAUUAAAAGAAAAAAACUUGAAAUAAUUGAUAUAUUUUUUAAUACGACACAGAUUAAACAAAAAGAUAUAUCGAAAAUAUAUGUUAUUGCUGGAUCUGAAAAAGAAGAAACGAUUAAACAAAUGAGUUUUGAUAAUAAUAAUAGUUUUGAAUCAAUGUUAGAAUUAUUACAAAUUAUUAUUGAGAAAGAUAAAUAUAAAGGAAAAUGUCUUAACAUUAUAUCUAAAAAUAAUAUAUUUAGAUCAUAUUUUCAAAAAGUUAAAACCAAAGAUUAUCAAAAGUCAAAUUAG